CUCCAGGUUGCAGUAUGCGGAAUGGGAAGCUUUUUCCUUGGGUUAGCGGCUGACAGCACUGUUGUAAAAACUGAGGGGAGGGGUUCUGCAGGAACACUAUCAGACUGAGACGAGCACUGCACCGCCGCCUUCUUUUUUGCAGGGUCUCCAACAUUCAACAAGAGAAGCUUUUAGCUCCAGAGGUCAAACUAUCGGGGCUUUUUUUUCCUUCCGAGACUUCUGUGGAAAGCACUUAGACGCAGGGGGGAUUAUAAUAGGAGUGUUCUGCAAAAAAAGCAGCAAGAUACCAAAGUAGUUGUUUUUUAUUUUACCCAAUGACAUAGAUUGCAGAGAAAGCAAGAACGCAGUUUCGUCGAGGCUAAACAGGUUUACUGUUCUAAAGGCAACAGAGUAAUUAGGAACAACUGGGGACAAUGACCGAAAAGGAAUCCGUGAGCGACAUCGGUACUGCAGAUUCGGUUUUUUCUGCAUACUCGUCUCCUGCUAAAAGUCUGGGGGAUCCUGGAAUCACACCCCUGUCUCCCUCGCAUUCUUUGAAAGACUCAGACCAAAAUGUCCCUGCCCAGCAGUCUUACGUUGUGGUCGUGGCUAUUGAUUUUGGCACCACAUCCAGUGGUUAUGCCUACAGCUUCACUAAAGAGCCGGAGUGUAUUCACAUUAUGAGACGAUGGGAGGGUGGGGACCCUGGAGUGUCCAAUCAGAAGACCCCCACCACCAUCCUGCUGACUCCGGACGGGAAGUUCCACAGCUUUGGAUACGCUGCUCGGGACUUCUACCAUGACCUGGACCCCAGCGACUCCAAACACUGGCUGUACCUGGAGAAAUUCAAAAUGAAUCUGCACACCACCAGCACUCUAUCAACAGAGACAGAACUGCUGGCGGCCAACGGGAAAAAAGUCAAAGCGCUCGACAUCUUUGCAUACGCACUGCAGUUCUUUAAGGAGCAGGCACUAAAGGAGCUGAGUGACCAGGUAGGCUCAGAGUUUCACAGCUCUGAUGUGCGAUGGGUGAUCACUGUACCAGCCAUUUGGAAGCAGCCAGCAAAGCAGUUCAUGAGGCAAGCUGCUUAUAAGUCUGGACUGGUAACCUCUGACAACCCAGAGCAGCUAAUCAUCGCCCUGGAGCCAGAGGCCGCCUCUAUCUACUGCAGAAAGCUCCGCCUCCACCAGAUGAUUGACCUGAGCUCCAAGACAGUAUUCAAUGGCUGCAGCCCGACUGAGACCAUAGGAACUGGUAUGACACAGGCCAAGGAAGUCGUCCGACGUAACCGGCAGAGCCGCACCUUUUUGGUGGAGAAUGUCGUAGGAGAGCUCUGGUCAGAGCUGGCUGAAGGCGACCGCUAUGUAGUGGUUGACUGUGGUGGGGGCACAGUGGAUCUGACUGUCCAUCAGAUUAGACUGCCUGAAGGACAUCUAAAGGAGCUAUACAAGUCCUCAGGCGGUCCUUACGGUUCUAUAGGUGUAGACUAUGAGUUUGAAAAGCUGCUGUGCAAGAUCUUCGGGGUGGAUUUUAUUGACCAGUUUAAGAUCAAGCGGCCUGCAGCCUGGGUGGAUCUGAUGAUUGCAUUUGAGUCACGGAAGAGAGCGGCGGCUCCCGAGAGAACCAGUCCUCUCAACAUCAACCUGCCCUUCUCCUUCAUCGACUACUACAAGAAGUUCAGAGGGCACAGCGUGGAGCACGCCCUUCGCAAGAGCAACGUAGAUUUUGUGAAAUGGUCUUCCCAAGGAAUGCUUCGGAUGAAUCCGGAUGCAAUGAACGCUCUCUUUAAAUCCACAAUAGACCACAUUAUCCAGCACAUCAGUGAUCUGUUUGAGAAGCCUGAAGUGAGCGACAUCAAGUUCCUGUUCCUAGUCGGAGGUUUCGCUGAGUCUCCUUUACUCCAGCACGCCAUUCAGACCAUGCUGGGAGGCCGCUGUCGCAUCAUCGUCCCCCAUGACAUGGGGCUGACCAUCCUGAAGGGAGCCGUGCUGUUUGGCCUGGACCCCUCAGUGAUCAAGGUGCGCCGCUCCCCUCUCACUUAUGGUGUUGGUGUCCUCAACAGGUACAUGGAGGGGAAGCACCCACCGGAGAAAAUGCUUUUGAAGGACGGCACUCGCUGGUGCACUGAUGUCUUCGACAAGUUCAUCUCAGCCGACCAGUCGGUGGCCCUCGGGGAAACGGUCAAGCGCAGCUACACCCCGGCCAAACCGUCCCAGCUGGUCAUUGUGAUCAACAUCUACUGCUCGGAGGUAGAUGACGUCUCUUUCAUCACAGACCCCGGGGUUAAGAAGUGUGGCACUCUGCGACUGGACCUUACAGGGACAGAGCCCUCCUCUGCUCCAGUCCGGAGGGAGAUCCAGACCCGUCUGCAGUUUGGAGACACUGAGAUCAAGGCUAUGGCACUUGAUAUCGCCACCUCCAGAUGUGUUAAGGCCAGCAUUGAUUUCCUAAAUUAUUAAUCCUGUAUUCAUUUAACCGCACGCAACUCACACACUGAGAACCUGGAACACCUGGAGAAUACCAAGGAGUCUUAGUGCAGUAGUCAAACAAAUAAGUAUGCCUCAAAGUGAUGUGAUUCGUCAGCAGUUCAAAAUGAUAAUAUCUACUAUUGCAGCCCAAUUGGCUUAGGACUGAUUUAAAGAUGCAGCUAACUGCAGUCUUGUUUUACACUUAAAUAGAAUGUCUUUAUUGGUGUUCUGCUGUCUGUGAAAGAAACUUGAAAGCCAUGCUUGUUUACAUUCUCCAGAGCUAUGUAGUUGUAGUUGUAGGGGUCCAAGCUUCCUACCUCCUAGAAGUGGGGUGUUAAAAUACUAAUAGUCCAUAUUUCAAAAUUGUGUGUUUUGUUAUAAUAAUGAACAGGCUACAUCUGUAGACAUGUUACAUAUAAAGCAUUCUGGAAAAAUUAUGUAACUGGGAGUAUAGAUACCACAUACCUACUUACGACACUAACACACUGAAGAAAAUCAUACACUGCAAAUGAAUAUAACACCUUGAAAAAUGUACUGCUUAGGCUAAUGCAACUGGAAUGAAAUCUGUCUUUUCAGGCGCUAUUACUGUAUUUCAUCUUCACCCUCUGUAAAAAGCUUGGUUAUCAAUAUAUGCACAUUGCUAUGAAAUUAGUCUUUGAAAUCCUAGAAUGUGAAAUGUUUCAAAAGUAAAUAGGAAAACCAAAAGCUAACUAAAGAAUGCUGCUAGCUGAACCUGCCUCAAUAUUUUCAUAUAGCCAUAGCAAUACGCUUUUGCUUUUUUUUUGCUUUUUAUGCUUGUGGAAAAUUGCCACUAUUUAAAUAGCUAUUUGUUACAUUAUGUUAUAUUCCAGAGUUCAAUAUACUGAAGAACAUUGGAGUUGAUAUAUAAUAAAAUACUUAUUUUAAUUGUAAUGUAUAUACACAUUUUAAAAUAUUGUACAGAUUUUUGUUUUGUUAGCAGCUUACAGAUUUGAGAAUAUGCUGGCUAAUGUGAAUAGUUUUCUGUUGUUUCAUUGUCACCAGCCUGUGUGUCAAAAUCUAAAAAAGUUAGAAAGUGAUAUAUGCAAUUUUAAAAGUCGGUAUGAUCCAACUGUAAGACAUUUUAAUAAAUUGCUGUGUCCUUAUAAAACUGAAAGGCCUUAUUUUAUAGGAGUAUGGUAGGUCAGUGGUGUAUUGAAACCAUGAUUGAUUUGUAUUGUAUGUGUGUCUAUGUGAGCUGUCCAGCUUAACUAAAAACUAAAACAUGUAUUAGCAUCUCAUUGCAAUUAUGUAUGUAAUCAGAAACAGCACAUCAAGUGUAUUACUGUUUGGAAGGAAAACUACUUACAGACAAUCAGAGAACACCACAUAUUAUGUAUUCUUACCUGCUGAUACUUUGGGCCAUAUUUUCAAAACUUUUACUCCAGUCUUUAAUUAACUACCUUGAAAAAGAGGUAAAACACCUGUUACUUCUACAAAACUAGAACCAAACAACUAAGUUGUAUAUUUCAAGGUCUUUUAAACAUGCUCAAUAGGGUUUUGUUUUUCAAUUUGGAAUGCUAACUUGAUUUUGUUUCUCCUUUCAAAAAAAUAGGAGGUAAUUAAAGGACGGAGGAAAUGCUUUGAAAAUAUGGCCCUUCUCCUUUUGUCAUUGUCCCAUUGUUUUGUUUAUGCUGUUAAAUGUCGCUCUCUAGGGAAUAAACCUCUUGACAAAUCAUCCUGUUUUCAGUGGGCUACUCAAGGACAGCAGUUCCCUUGGUUACAGUACAACAAACACCAUUCACAAUACAAUUUCCUAGUAUAUACAGACAUGAAAAUCAGUGCAAACCGUUUAAACAAAAGAGUUACACCCUUGGCAAAGCGAUUCUCUAAGCUUCUCUCUAAAAACAGACUGGCUAAAAUCAGACUUGCUGAUAAAUUCUUAACACUGGACAUUGCAUUGUUCCAAUCUUUAGCAGGACUGUGUUCAGAACCCUUGGUUGUUCAUGGCAGACUUUGGAUUUCAACUAGAGUACAAUAAAGAAUCAGCUAUUCUGGUGCCUGAUUACGGAUCACUUAAAAAAACAAACAAAAAAAACAAAAACUAGUGAGGUUUUCUUCUUCCAGCCUUAUUCAGCCAGAUAAGUUGGUUGUACACUACACAGUGCUUUGCUAGUAAUUUACAACUGAGAAAAAACUCUACACAACCUAUUUAAAUAGUAGUGUUGUCUGAGUUACAUGAUAGUGCACAACACAACAUCACGAUAGUCACAUUUUAGAAAAGGUAACUAGGUGAUAAUUGUUCUCCUAGUUCUUUGUGAUUAAGAUUUGACCGUGUAUAAUGUAUCUAAUGUACAAAUUAAUUCUACCAACAACUGAGUGAUGAUAUUGAAAAUGGAAUUACUUAAACCUGGCUACAGAUGAAUGCUGAAGCUCCAAGAGAGGCGACACCAAUCUGUGAGCCAUCUAAUUGCAUCAAUUACAUCAAUGUAUUGUAAUAGGCAAAUUCAGGAAGAAAUCCUCUAGCCCUAUUUUUGUUUCCUGACUGAAAAAAAAAUGACUGCAGAGCAUGUUCACUAUCAAUA